CUAUUUCUAACCUUUCAUCGGGUUAACAGUUUUGACCUUUUGGAUUUUUUCACCUGUUUGUCAUAGAAAUUUUUCAAUACAACGAAUUUAUCUUAAAGCUUUACGAUGGCUUCGAACACGGGAGGUGUAAAAGCUUUUUCCAUCCAAGGCAGGCUGUACAGGGAGAGAGAAAGGCUCCAUGGCGAGGGUAUGACAGUUGAAGAAAGGGCCUGGAGAAAACAGUGGAUCAAGGACCAGAAGUUGCACCCUUCAGAGCCCAGAGUUGUACCGGAGUUGUAUAAAGAAUUGUAUAACCCCUUUAGGAGGGCUUAUUGGUACCCGCUCGAUAGGCUUUUCAAACCUUUAGAACCAGUUAUGGGUAAAGAAGCUGCUUUGCUGGCAAGGAAAAUUACCGGAAAAUUUUGUAUGGCUAUAUUUGCAGUUUAUUGCACCGCAUAUUAUUUCAAAUACAAUCACAAUGAUUGGACAAGAAAAGGAGGUUGGAGAGUACUGGCAAACAGGGUCACAUCCGUACCCGGGGAUCCUAAUUACCCUGCUUCUCCUAAUAGGUUUGUCGGCGCAGAUUAUUCAUCAAGGGGUUUCAAAGAUUCCCCUAUUUAAAAUUGGCCGAAUUGGUUCAUGCUAUUACAGAUAGUUUUGUUGUUAUAUAUCAAAAUGUAAUUAAAUUAAAUUAGAAAAUAGAUUGAC